UGCAGCAGCCAUGGAGGUUUUCAGCGUUGUCGUCCCCUUGGGCUCAGAUGUUUCGCUCUUCUGCAGGAGAGCGCAGGUCGACGACCACUGCUGCUGAUGCUGAUGCUCGUCGUUCUCGUCCUCCGAGCGAAGUAGAAGGGAGGGGGGAUAGGCCGACGUCCCUAGUGGAGGCAAGGAGAGAGGAGGACGGGGAGAAUGUAGUCGGUGCUCCCACCAGUUCUGAAGCGUCGGCCGCACCGGAUGCACCAGGCAGCAGCAGUAGAUGGACGGCAUCCGAUUGUCCGGCCGUGACUCUGUUUCCCCCCUUCAGUGCCUUCACCACUCUUGAGAACUCCAAGGCUAGCGCCACUCCGGAUGAGCAGUCCGCGGAGUCAGGCACAGGAGGAAGAAGGAGCAGGAGGAGGUUGCGUCGGGCUGGCACGACCUUGCCAGCAGCUGAGGGAGAGAGAAAGGAGAAGGAGAAGGUGGAUGGUGUUCCCCUCCUGCCGAGAGCGGCAUUAGCACGGGCCCCACGGGGGAAUGCACCACCCAGAUCGACCAUGAUGGCCGACCUUCCCGCGGAGACUCCUGCGCCUCCCCCCCUUGCACCGCCCCCCGCCGACGCUGGUACUGCCUUGCAGUCUCUUCCGCGCGUUCCCGCCGGUAUCCCGUUCACCCCGUGCCAUCCAUGGCCGCGCAGGAUGGAUGGGGUAAUAGGCGGCGAAGGGGGUUCUUCCGUAGCUCCUCCUUCGCGGGUAUACGCCGGGGAGGGGGAGGAGGCCAUUCUCUCUUCUCUUCCUCCCACUGCGGGCGAAUCCAUUGUCCCCCUGAUGGGGGUGAUCGAUCUUCCCCCCCGUCUUCUACCUCUGAGGGAGGGCAACGCCGCUGUACUCCCUGGAAGGGAGGAGGAGGAACAAAGGGGUGGGGAACACCCCUUUUUUCCCCCUUCUCCACAGGAGAACCAGAUUCAGAAGAAUCAGAAGUCUCUUCAAGUUCUUUACUUGCCUUAUGGCAGUGACCAUUGCACUCGACCUCAACCUUCCACGUGUCAAGCGUUGGCUACUCCUGCUGCUGCGGCACGAACAUCUGCUAACCUCUACCCGAACGGCUCUCAAUCAGCAACCAAUCCUGCACCAGCAGCUGCUGCUACAGCUGCUGAUCUGUAUGGUGCCAAUCAAUCUCUGCCACCAGCAGCUGCUGCUAGUGCAGCUGAUUUGUACAGAAGUCGCCUCCAAAGCAUCAAUCCUGCACCAGCAGCUGCUGCUACAGCCGCUGAUUUGAUCGCCAAGGCCCUCCAAGCAAAUAAUUCUGUACCAGCAGCUGCUGCUACAGCUGCUGAUCCGCACAGAAAUGGCCUUGAGGCGACCAGUGCUGCAGCAGCAGUAGCAGCAGCUUCUGCUGAUCGGUAUGGAGGCUACGGCCCUUGUGGUCGAUACAAUGAAUCGGCGACUCUGUGUACGUCUUCGCCUCAUUGUCGUAGGCUUUGGCCUCCGCCCCCUAGUACCCCUACUAGUGCUGCCGCUGCUGAUCUGUACGGAACUCGAUGUCAACCAAUCAAUCCUACAGCUUCAGCUGCCGCUGCUGAUCUGUACGGAACUCGAUGUCAACCAAUCAAUCCUACAGAUUCAGCUGCCGCUGCUGAUGUGUACGGAACUCCAUGUCAACCAAUCAAUCCUACAGAUUCAGCAGCAGAUCUGGAUCAUCGGAGUUGCCGAUACAAUCAAUCAGCGGACCCAAAUACGUCUCCGCCUGAUUAUCCUAGUCUGUGGCUGUGGCCUAGUCCGUCCCCUGGUUCCAUUCCUUAUCCCUCCAGGACGGUGUCACGUCUACCUUCCUCGUUGGCUGUUCCAGAAGAUCGCUUGGGGAUGGGACAGUCGCUGCUGCCGUUCGCCACGUGUCAAGCGACGGCUCGUGCAGCAGCAGAAGCUGAUCUGAUUGGGUGCAAUCGCCAUGAACCAAUCAAGCAAUCGCCGGCUGCACGGAGAAGGUCGUCACGUGGCUGUGGACAACCGCCCAAUCCGACGAGGUCAACGAGGUCAACGAGGUCAACGAGGUCAACAAAGUCAACGAAGUCGGCAGCGCUGGCAAUCCAUCGUCCUGUGUUGCCUCGGGGUGUAGAAGAUCAUGUUCGGGGGAUUGCACGACAAACUGCCACGUGUCAAGUGACGGUUAGUGCUAUGCCAUCUGAUUGGCUGUCUGGGUAUUGCCGAACCCAGCAAUGGGCGGGGGGAGCUCUGCCUCCCUCCCCCUCCCCCUCCCCCUCCCUCUCCCCAUGGCCAUCUCCACUGCCUGCCGUGUGUCCUGCUGCUGCUAGUUUGCAGACGACGGCAGGAAGGUCUUCAUCGUUGCCUGCGGCAGAAGAUUACGGGAUUGCAGGGCAACCUGCCGCCACGUGUCCUCCGAUUAUUACCCAGGAGGCAGACGGGAAUACACCGGAGGGGAGAAGAAUGGGAGGAGGCGGCGGGUGCAUAGGGGAAGAGGAGGUGGUGGAUUGCCUGCUACCGGCAGGAGUAGGAGGUGGAUUACUCGUGGAUCCUCCUCCUCCUCCUCCUCCUCAGUCGAUGGGGGCGAUGGGGACCACCACCGGAAACGUGGACAACGUUGCAGAGAGGAGGGAUAUGGAGGUUGAAGGGGAUAGGACGGUGGCAGGUCGAGGAGGAGGAGAAGGAGGAGGAGGGAUGGGAGGAGGAGGUGGUUGCCCAGGGGAGGAGGAGGAGGUGGAUUGCCAAGGACCGGCAGUAGUAGGAGGUGGAUUACUCGUGGAUCCUCCUCCUCCUCCUCCUCCUCCUCAGUCGAUGGGGGCGAUGGGGACCACCACCGGAAACGUGGACAACGUUGAAGAGAGGAGGGAUGUGGAGAUUGAAGGGGAUAGGACGGCAGCAGAUCGAGGAGGAGGAGGAGGGAUGGGAGGAGGAGGUUGUUGCCCAGGGGAGAAGGAGGAGGUGGAUUGCCAAGGACCGGCAGUAGUAGGAGGUGGAUUACUCGUCGAUGCUCCUCCUCCUCCUCCUCCUCAGUCGAUGGGGGCGAUGGGGACCACCACCGGAAACGUGGAGAGGUUUUACCAGAGGAGGGAUACGGAGAUCGAAGGGGAGAAAACGGCGGCAGAUCAAAGAGGGGUGGGAGGAGGGAUGGAAGGAGCGAUGGGAGGAGGAGGAGGAAUGGAAGUCGGAUCCGACGGAAAGAAGCAGAUCGAAGAGCCAGAGAGGGUGUGGACCACCACCGGAGACGGGACAACGGGGACCACCACCGCAGACGGGGCGAUGGGGACCACCACCGCAGGCGGGACAGUGGUUCAUAGAUUGGGAUUGCGAACAGGCAAGAAGAAGAUGGGGGCGCGAAAGAGGGAGGAGGUUGAUGGGGAUAGUAGAACGGAGGUUUACCAGGGAAGACCCCGUCGGCGCAAACGACUCUCCCGCCGGCUGGACUUGGGCGCAGAAGAGCUCUCGGACACGUCAACGCCCAACGGACUGCCUCCGUUAAUACCCUCAGGCGGAGCUUUCGCUGGAGCUGUCUGUGGAACUGUCGGUGAACCUUCGUUCGCCGAUCAGGCACACCAGCAAUAUCCACCACCAGCUUCGUCCCAACUCUAUGGUCAAUCUCCUCCGGUAUCGACAGACGUGGCAGCAGCAGAGCCGCAGCGCGAGAUGUCACUGGCAGCGCUACACAGCGUGGAAGGUAGGAGGCAAUUGGGAGAAAGUCCAUCCCCAGCUGCAGCGAUGGAAGGGGAGAUUGACUGCCUACCGGUAGUACACGGAGUACCGGUCCGUCUAGACGGAAUACCCUUCAAUCCCGAGCAGCCAGUCAGGGUCGCUGUGGCCAGAGAGAAAAGGAUCGCAACAGAGGGAUUGACGGAGGUUGGAAGGGGGGGAAAAGCAGUUGGUGGUCAAGGAGGAGGAGGAGGAGGAGGAGGAGGGGGAGGAGGAGUCCCAUCUUGUUGCUUCGGCUCUGUGUCCAACUCACUUCAGCUUGCAGUCGCGUUCGCUAAAGCCGUUGCCGGAGGUGCUAACCCCACCGAGCUACCUGCGUUAGCACAAUGCGGAGGAGGUCAUGGUGCCGCUCGGUCUUUUUUCUGCGAAGAAAUGGCCAGGCAAGAGCGGCAGCACGGGAUGCGGGGAUCACACAGUACCCCCGUGAACAGAACGGGAGGAGGAACUUCAAGUUGUCUCGCGGGAAGGAGAGAGGUGGUGGGUUACCUACCUGCCGAGGAGGAGGAUCAUGGGCCGAGCCAAGGGAUGCUGGGGGCACACAGGACCCCCGUGAGCAGAACGGGAGGAGGAGAAGGAGGAGGAGGAGAAGCUUUUAAGGGUGGGGAGGAGAGAGGUGGUGGGUUGCCUACCUGUCAAGGACGAGGAUGGGCCAAGCCAAGGGAUGCUGGGGGCACACAGGACCCCCGUGAGCAGAACGGGAGGAGGAGGAGGAGGAGGAGGAGGAGGAGCUUUUGCGGGGGCGGGGAGGACAGAGGUGGUGGGUUGCCUACCACUACCUGUAGGACCGCCGGCCUGUAGGACCCGCCGGCGGGGGAGUGGCCGCGGCCGUAGGUCCGGAUCUGGGUUGGGACGAAGGAGACAGCAGCAGACGGAAGGGGAGGACGGACUUGGGAGAGAGAGAGGAUGUUGGGCGCGGGCACGAGAGAGGUCGAGAUCCCGGUUGCCGACUGCGAUUGUUGGGAUCCUGCCUCCUCUCCUCUGGGCCUCUUCCUCCAGUGGAAGAGCCAUUCGGUGGCGGCUCAAGAAAGCCAACAGGAGGCAACAAACGAGCUUCGUAAUG